AUGGUUCUCGCCAUGCUGGGGGCUCUGUACCCCAGGGCUGGGCUCAGUCUCUUCCUUUUUUACCUCAUCCUGGCAGGCGCACUCCUUCGACCUCAGCCCCAGAGGUCUCAGCGAUCUGUCCCUGAGGAAUUUUCAGCCCCGCUGGAACUCCUGCAGCCGCUCUCAGACCUAGUGGAUGACUAUGGGAUCAGACCCAAGCACCCUUGGCCACGAGGGCCCCGACCCCUUCUCUCACAGGCCCAGCAGCGCAAGCGGGACGGGCCCAACAUGGCUGACUAUUACUAUGACGUGAACCUGUGA